GUGGCCAAGGCCGUCUACGACAACCGACUGCUGGAGUGCUACUUCACACGCAGCUUCUACAAGCACAUCCUGGGCAAGAGUGUCAGGUACACAGACAUGGAGAGUGAGGACUACCCAUUCUUCCAGGGCCUUGUCUACCUGCUGGAGAAUAAUGUCUCYACUCUGGGCUAUGAGCUGACGUUCAGCACUGAGGUCCAGGAGUUUGGCGUGUGUGAGGUGCGGGACCUGAAGCCUAACGGAGGCAACAUCAUUGUCACCGAGGAGAACAAGAAGGAGUACGUCCACCUAGUCUGUCAGAUGAAGAUGACUGGUGCGAUCCGUAAGCAGCUGUCAGCCUAUCUGGAGGGUUUCUACGAGAUCAUUCCCAAGAGGCUGAUCUCCAUCUUCACAGAGCAGGAGCUGGAGCUGCUCAUAUCUGGCCUGCCCACUAUAGAUAUAGACGACCUCAAGGCCAACACCGAGUACCACAAGUACCAGUCCAGCUCCAUACAGAUCCAGUGGUUCUGGCGGGCCCUGCGUUCCUUCGACCAGGCGGACAGAGCCAAGUUCCUGAGUUCGUGACGGGCACGUCCAAGGUUCCUCUGCAGGGCUUCGCAGC